AUGCCAAUGAUACUGAGCAACAUGGGGGGCAUAAAGACCCUCGUUUUUCUGCAGUUGGUGUACAUCAGCACUUGUAUGGAACAGCUGGACAUUAUCUACGAAUGGAAGGAGUUAGAUUUCGAGUUCCCAAGUCCUGAAGCAAGGCAAGAAGCUAUUGAGAGUCGAAAUUUCAUACCAGAAAAUAAUAUUCCAAUGGGCUUGGAGAUAUUUGGAGAUCGACUAUUCAUCACGGUGCCAAGAUGGAAAUAUGGCGUGCCUGCUAGUUUGAAUUACAUUAAUUUAAAAGAUAAUUCUACCAAAUCACCUAAGUUAACACCAUAUCCGAAUUGGGCCGCCCAUUCCUUGAAUACUGAUGGAAGACCAGAAAUUGUGUCGCCAUUUAGGAUCCGAGCAGACAAGUGUGACCGUCUGUGGGUUUUGGACAAUGGAAAAGUUGGUAACCUUGAAAACGAUACAGUGAAAUUUCUACCAGCGCUCAUAAUUUAUGAUUUAAAAACAGACACUCUUCUAAGAACCUACGUCUUUCCUGAAGAUCAAAUAAAAGAAGAAUCGGGUUUUGCCAACAUUGCUGUUGAAGAUACUGACUGUGAUAACACCUAUGUAUAUGCGGGUGAUUUGGGCAAGCCAGCUAUCGUUGUUUAUUCUUGGGCGAAGAAUGAAUCAUGGAGAAUUACCCAUCAUUUCUUCCAUCCCGAUCCAUUAGCUUGUGAUUUUAGUGUCAAAGGACAUAAUUUUAGCUGGACAGAUGCUAUAUUCGGUUUAGGCAUAUCUGCUCCAAAUGCUAAAAACUUCAGUACUCUAUAUUUCCACCCGAUGGCAAGUUACAACGAAUUUGCUGUGUCUACCGAAUAUUUGAGAAAUCAAUCGGUUGCUGAAGCUAAUUUUGAAGCAUUUAAAUUGCUUGGAAGUAGAGGACCUAAUGCCCAAUCGAGUGCAUCAUUUGUGGACCCAAGAACAGGUGUCUUAUUUUACUCCCUCGUGAAUUUAAACGCAGUCGCCUGCUGGCGGACCACAAAUAAAGAUUAUCUGAUGAAAAAUCAAGGAAGAAUAUACAUGGAUGAUGUAAAAAUGAUCUACCCAACUGAUAUUAAAGUGGAUUACGACGAAAACUUAUGGGUUCUGUCAAAUAGAAUGCCAAUAUGGAUGUACAGCAAGUUGGACCAAAAUGAUUUUAACUUCAGAGUAUUCUCAGCACCAGUUUUGAAAGCCAUAAGCCAUACGGCGUGUGAUGUGACACCAAGAUCUGACAUUUUGGAGAAGUUCGCGAACAAAAUUAAAAAUAUUACAAACAAAAUAAGUAACAAGAUAAGUCCCAAUUCUGCUGAAUCAACGUCAGCAUUAUCGCUCAUAUCCAUGAUUGUAUUUAGUUCUAUUUUAUUAUUCAGCGCG